AUGGCUUCAUCUAAAGGAUCGAAGGUCUCUCCUACGAUUUACUUCUCUUUUGCUGCUGUUGGGCUUAUUAUUGCAGUUUUGGGGCUCCUAUUUCCUGAUUUCUAUGACUCGAAUACAGGUCGUGUUGGACUUAGUCUCACCAUUCCCAAGAGCAUCCAAAAGUACCUGUUGACCCCCAGCCAUGAAGACCGCCAUCAAUACCGAGCUCAAGUCUUCUCAAGAGACCCGCUGGUCAUGUAUAUUCAUGAUUUCUUAACUCCAGAAGAAAUAGAUUACGUCCUUAAAUACAGUGAACCUCGGUAUGAACCAUCAAAAGUCUACGGCGGAAUCGACAACCCACCCAUCACUGAUGAAAAAAUGCGCCGUUCCGAACAAGUAAUCAUGGAUCGCAAAGACCCUAUAGCCCGUCGCCUCGCACAACGCGCCAGGGAAUUUCAGGGCUGGCGCGGCAACACCACCUAUGUUCAACCCCUCUCAGUCCAGCGAUACAAUGUAAGCGGAUUCUACAACUACCACUUUGACCCGGAUGGAUACAUUACCAAAGGAAACCGCGUUACGAGUUUCAUGAUCUACCUCACGGACGAUUGUACCGGCGGAGGAACCAAUUUCCCAUUUCUGCCGCAGCCGAAUGAUACUCGGUGGUGUGAUGUGAUUGAAUGUGAUGAAGAGGCCAAGGACGGUUUCCAGGGAACAACAUUUAAGCCCGUCAAGGGAUCAGCUGUGUUUUGGGAGAACUUUUACCCUAAUGGGUCAUGGCACCAUGGUGUCUACCAUGCCAGUUUACCCGUUAAGUCGGGCAUCAAGGUUGGCUUGAAUAUAUGGUCGUGGGAUUCGGCCUGGGAGGCUCCCGCGGAGGAGGAGCAUGUUAACGCGACUUCAUGA